AUGUGUGGGUUGUCUUUUAAAGAUAAAUUAAUUGUCAAGGACAAUGAAUUAUCAUUUAAAGAAGGUGAAUUAAUUAAAGACAUUAUAAAAGUUGAAGAUAAUUGGUGGCAAGGUACUAGUGAAGAUGGAAUACGUAGUGGGCUAUUUCCAGCAAAUUUUGUGAAAUCUAUUGAUCCUAAAUUAGUAUUCCCAGAAAAUUGCCAGGCCUUGCCUUCAGCUAAAGCAUUAUUUAAUUAUGCUGCAGAAGAUCUUCUCGAGAUUUCAUUUUCGGAAGGACAAAUCAUUACCAAUAUUAAGUUUACAUCAGAUGAUUGGUGGGAAGGUACAACAGAAAGUGGAGCCCUUGGAUUUUUUCCAGGUUAG